CGUAAACGUACUUAGCGCAUAAACAUCUUAACACAACGUAAACAAUUUUUAAUAAAACCGGAAAAUUAAUUAUUCCGGUAUCAUUAUUACCAUCAGCGCGAACCAGGUGUGUUUAAUGACCUGAAGGUACGAAGUCCGUCCGAACAUGACUAAAGCCAAUGAUUCCAAACGUGAGCGCUCAAAAAAGCGAAAAAGCCUCAUGAACUCGUUCUUGAACCGCCUCUGCAUGUGCAUCCGUUACUACAUCGACGUAAUAAUCGACACGAUCUUCGGAUGGAUCUACAACUCCAGCAGGCAACAAAUCCCGGAAAUAAACAACACGAUCGUCCUGGAAAGCGCCACCAGUCUGGCAAAGAAGAUCCGAAAACGCGAAUUGACGUCCGAGGAGGUCGUCCAGGCGUUCGUAGAUCGCAUAAAACAAGUGAACCCAGUGAUUAAUUCGAUUGUAGACGAGAGGUUUGAGGAGGCUUUGAAGGAGGCCAGGGAUAUCGACAAGGAUAUCGCCAGUGGCCAUAUAUCCGACGUGGAAUUUUCGGAAAAACCCUUUUUGGGUGUUCCGUUCACUUCAAAGGAAUCCACCGCGGCCAAGGGCCUGGCGUUCACCUUUGGCCUUAAGAAACGUCGAGGGAAAAAAGCCUCCUUUGACGCGGACUGCGUGGCCGCCCUAAAGAGGUCAGGGGCCAUUUUGCUGGGCGUAUCCAACAUCCCUCAAUUGAACUUAUGGCAAGAGACCAGCAACCCCGUCUACGGUUUAACGAAGAACCCUUACAAUACGACGAGGAACGUGGGAGGAUCCUCCGGAGGCGAAUCCAGCAAUUUGGCCGCCUGCGGGUCUCCCAUGGGGAUCGGCACGGAUAUCGGGGGGUCCUGCAGGAUACCCGCUUUCAUGUGUGGGGUCUUCGGUCAUAAAAUCUCCAAUGAUUUGGUAUCUAAUAAGGGGUUGACGUUCCGGACAGGUGAGGAGUCUGGCACGAUGGUCUCCAUAGGUCCUAUGACCCGUUACGCGGAAGACUUAAUCCCUUUCAUAAAAGCCCUUGCAGGACCCAAUAAGGAUCAAUUAAACCUGGAUCGGCCUGUCUCCUUAAGGAAAAUUAGGGUAUAUUUCGUCACCAAUCCUAAGGAUCCCCUUAUGAGCCCCUUUAGGGAGGAAAUGCAUGUCACACUGCUAAGGGCCGUAAGUCAUUUUGAGGAAGUGUGCGAAGAGAAACCGCAAGAGUUGGUGUUCGAACACUUGAAACAUCAGUUUAAGCUUUGGAAGUACUGGAUGUCCGUCGAGGAGGGGGCUAACUUUAAAAAUGACAUUAAUAACAGGGAAGGCGAGGUAAACGCGUUCGUGGAGAUCCUAAAACACUUCGUGGGUUUAGGGGGAGACUAUUCGACCGCCACCAUAUUCAACUUAUGCUCGAACUACUUGAGAAAAGUCGAUCCGGUUUGGACAAAAGAGACCACCGAGACCCUUAGGGAGGCUUUGCUCUCAAAACUGAACGACAACAGCGUCCUGCUGUACCCUUCUGCCCCAUUUCCAGCCAGUUACCACCACACAGCCCUCCUGAGACCUUUUAACUUUGAUUGUUUCGCAAUUUGGAACGUAUUGAAGUUUCCUGUGACGCAAGUACCGAUGGGGCUGGGGACUGAGGGGCUACCGCUGGGGAUUCAGGUGGUGGCUGCGCCCCAUCAGGAUCGUUUAUGCGUAGCAGUGGCGAGAGAGUUGGAGAGGGCGUUCGGGGGAUUCGUUUCACCCACCGGUGUGGUGAUAAGACAUGACUGAUUUUUUUAGUUUAAGCUGAUGGUGAUUGAGGGUGUUGGGUAUUUAUUAUUUUUUUAUAAGUUAUCAUCAAUAAACAAAAUGUUUAUGGUUUAA